CUGGCCCGAAGGCGCGCAGCAAACUCGCGGACGCACUCCCUGCGCCCAAACGAGUCGCGGGGAUCGCGGAGGGGGAAAGGGUUGCCCCAGGGAGACGAAGCGCACUGCGCGCCCAGGUCAAAGAGUCGCGGGUGGACACAGCCCUGGCAGCCGCCGCAUCGCAUGACGCUCCGCCACUCGCCGCCGCCUCGCGGCCCCGCCCGCCGCAGCUCGCUCUGGUUCCCCACCCGCCGAAGGGCCUCCCGGAGGACAACCACGUCGGCGUCGUCCAGACUGACGCCAAGCACGUCGCAGAGCUCCUCCUCGAGAGUGAGAAGGGGCUGGCGAGGAAGCGGGUGGCCAGCGCGGCGGCAGACGUCGCCUCGCAGCAGGUCGCCUGGCAGCUGCUCGCCUGGCAGCUGCUCGCCUCGCAGCUGCUCGCCUCGCAGCUGCUCGCCUCGCAGCUGCUCGCCUCGCAGCUGCUCGCCUCGCAGCUGCUCGCCUCGCGGCGCGCCCGGCGGUCGAGCUGAAGCAGCAGCGCCAGGCGGGGCCUCCAGGUGCUCGCCGCCCCAUCGCGGCGGCCGGCCGGCCGAGCUCUGCUGAAACGUGCCCGGGAUGCCUUUUGCAUCCAGGCGUCGUUCUGCGGAGCGCGGCACACCGGCCGGUGGCGCGCAUGCCGAGCCAGAGUCCUCGCGACCGGUGCCAGCGGCAGCG